AUGAAAAUUUUUGAAAAUCCUAUCUCAAGUAAUCAAAGAAACGACAUCGAAGUCUCUAAUUUUCAUUGAUUUUUGUACAAUUCUUUUGAUCUUACAGAACUUAAUCUUGAAACCCAAGAAAAAUCUUCUCAUGAGCUCACCACUCUUAAAGAUCAUAUUGAUGAAAGCACUUGUGCAUGUCUUUUACCUGAUAGCAAGCUUUUUUGUUAUGGAGGAACUAAUGAAUGAUUGAAUUUUAUUGAUUUCUCUUUUAUUAUCGAUAAAAAUUACAACACCCAAAUACUUCCUCCAGGAAUCCCAAGCCUUGGAAAUUUUGCAACUUAUCACCAGGAUUUUAUUUAUAUUUUUGGACCAUUUUCUGUUGACAGAUUCGAUCUUGCUAACUCCCCCCCCCCCCUCCGUGAGCGAACAAAACCAUUAGAAAAAUCGCCAUUUUUUGACCAAAAACCCACCCUCCGUGAGUGAACAAAAAUAUUUUUAAUAGAAAAAAUUUUAAUAGAAAAAAAUUUUGCUAUAUAAGUGAUAAUUAGUAUAAUGAAAUCUAGAGCUAAUUCUGUUUAAUUUUAAACAAAUUGCGUUUUAAAACAUAAAUUUUGCAAAUUAAAUUAGUAUUUGCUUCCCAAUUUUUGCAAAUUAGGGAUUUUUUUUAAAUUUCGAAAAAAAUAUUUUUUAUAAAAUUUAUAUAUAAAUUGUUUUUAAAAAAAAAAAUUAACCCCCCUCCGUGAGUGAACAAAAUUUUUUUGUUCGCUCACGAAAAUGAGAAAAAAUAAUACAAACUCCAGAAUCUUAUAACUGAUGCAGCUGCAUUUCUUUCAAUGACUAUAUAUUAGUUACGGGGUAUGAUACCAAAGACAUUUUUGCAUUAGAUUUAUUAAUUUUUUCAUUCUCUUGGCUUUAUUUUACACUAGAACUGCAUAGAACAAAAAUUUUUUGCAAAUCAGAAAGUGAGGUUUAUUUAAUCGAUUUUUCUGGAAAAAUAUUCCAAAGCGAUAAAAAUAAUAUUUUUAAUUGGAAUAUCAUAGGAGACUGCAAGCCAUCAAUACUCAAAACACAUGGAUAUAAAGUAUCUUAUAAGAACUGCUGAUAUUUUUCUUUAGGCUCAAAGCUUUUAAAAUUUGAUUUGGAUAAAAAGACCAUCAAUGACACGACGUUUAAAGUACCACAUAGAGUUCAUGAGAUUAGAGAAGAGCUGUCAUAUUCUAAAGUAUUUAUUUAA